AUGGAAACCAGCAAGUUGAAGUUGCUUUUGCAAAAAAAGAAACAUAAAUGGUUGUUACUGUUAAUAUUAUUCUCAACUAUCUUGCUUCUCACUUCCAUAACAGCUUUCUCAUCCACCCCUCAAUUGCUAUACAAAUUACAUGGCAACAGAAACCAUUUCCAUCAGGUUCCCCGCUUUGUGGAAUCUAAAUUGGAAAAAUCACUUUCUUUUCCGACACACAAAACACCCCGCCUUGCCUACUUAAUUUCAGGUUCUGCUGGGGAUGGAGUGAGCCUAAAGCGGGCAUUAAAAGCACUCUACCAUCCAAGGAAUCAGUACGCUGUGCAUUUGGACUUGGAGGCCACCGUGGAGGAGAGGUUGGAGCUGGCUAGAUGGGUGAGAGAGGAGAAGGUUUUUGAGGAGGUGGGAAAUGUGAGGGUGGUUGUGAGAUCCAAUUUGGUAACUUAUAGAGGUCCCACCAUGGUCAGCAAUACCCUUCACGCUGCUGCAAUUUUGCUCAAGGAUAUUAUUGAUGGGGAAUAUUGGGAUUGGUUUAUCAAUCUUAGCGCCUCUGACUAUCCUUUGAUGACUCAAGAUGAUAUACUUCAUGCACUCUCUGAUAUUCCAAGAAACCUUAACUUCAUCGAGCAUACAAGUGACAUUGGAUGGAAGGAAGAUCAAAGAGCCAGGCCUGUCAUAAUUGACCCUGGGCUAUAUAGCCUGCAAAAAUCAGAGGUGUUUUGGAUCCCAGAGAAAAGGAGCGUGCCAACAGCAUAUAAGUUGUUUACUGGUUCUGCUUGGAUGAUGCUGUCUCGAUCUUUUGUGGAGUAUUGCCUCUGGGGCUGGGACAACCUCCCAAGGAAUGUCCUCAUGUACUAUGCAAAUUUUCUUUCUUCGCCUGAGGGUUAUUUCCACACUGUAAUCUGCAAUGCUGACGAGUUCCGGAACACUACUGUUAACCAUGACCUUCAUUUCAUAGCCUGGGACAACCCUCCUAAGCAACACCCACAUUUUCUCACUGUAGAUGAUUAUCAGAGCAUGGUUGACAGCAAUGUUCCGUUUGCAAGGAAAUUUGGCAAGAACGAUCCAGUUCUUGACAAGAUUGAUUCUAGCAUUUUGGGGCGCAGUGCCGAUGGGUUUGUGCCUGGUGGAUGGUUCACUAAUGAAGGAAAUGCAAGCACAGCUCUCCCGCAUAUUGACUUAAAGAACACCACUGAGCUUAAGCCUGGCCCUGGUGCUCGAAGGCUCAAGCGUCUGAUCAGUAGUCUAUUGUUAGCGGAUGAUUUUCACACGACACACUGCACAAAAUGA